AUGAGUUUGGCCAGACUACAAUGGGGCGAUGCUUAUUGCCCUCAUUUGGGCGCUCACUUAGGAACUGAUGGCAAGGUUCACGAGGAUUGUAUCGAAUGUCCUUUCCACGGAUGGCGAUUUGCUGGACAGGAUGGUUCUUGCGUGAAAAUACCUUACGCAGAAAAAAUUCCAGAAGUGGCUAAAAUAAAAAGUUGGGAAACCAUCGAACAAAAUGGAUUUAUUUACGUGUGGCAUCAUGCAGAAGGCCAACCUCCUCUGUGGAAACCUCCAGUUAUACCAGAAAUAGAGAAUCGACUAAUGUUCUAUAAAGCUCGUAGUGAACACAUUUUGAAUUGUCAUAUUCAGGAAAUUAUGGAAAAUGCAGCAGAUUUCGCUCAUAUCAAUUGUGUUCACAAAUUUGGUAUUUCGUCUAGAAUUACUUUGCAUCCGGAAAAUUGGUGGAAAUAUUUUCAGACUAUAAUCAAUAUAUCUCGCCUUCCAGUAUGUGAGGAAACAUUUUACUGUUGCAAAUAUGAAGGCAUUACCACUAUUAAAUUGUUCGGGAUAUCUGUACUACGGCUAUCUGUUGAUAUUCGACAGAUUGGACCCGCAAUAAUGUAUGUUCAAUUCAAAAGUAUAUAUGGAAACGGUAUAUUCGUAUAUGGCAUGAUACCGGAAGGACCAGUUCGACUGAGAUUGAUUCGACAAUUUUAUACUCCUUCUCGAUUUACAGGCAUACGUGAUUAUGUUAUGUUUUUAUUCGAAUGUUAUAUGCUUGAACGGGACAUUCGAAUAUGGAAUUACAAAAUGUAUUUGAAGAAUCCAGUUUAUGUAUCAGAAGACAGAACAAUUGCCAAAUAUAGAAAAUGGUACUCUCAGUUUUACAGUGAAAACAGCCCAAAGGUUGAAGAAAAUGAUCUUAGUUGGUGAUUAGAAGCAAUGCCAUACUUUAAUUAAUAAAGAGCUUCUGACCGAAAUUACAUAUAUUUUUUAAAUUUUGGCUUUUUAUUAUCAUAAUUAAUUUUGAAUUGUAAUUCGUGUUAUUGCGUUAAAUAUUGAUGUAUUGCUUUAAAAUU